UCCGGUCGUCGUUUCCUCCCCGUAGUUGUCUGCAAGAUGCUUUGCAUCCUUUAUAUGGAUUUCAUUUGAUCACUCUGAACCAAUUGUGUCCUUCCUCGGGACGCGUAGUUGUAAGAAAACACAGCUCCGACAUGCAGAUCCUGACUCCUCAUGUUUACUGGGCUCAGCGGCACGGAGAGAUCUAUCUCCGAGUGGAACUGAGCGAUGCAAAGAAUGUUGAUAUCUGCUUGCAGGAAGACAACACGCUUCAGUUCAGAGCACAGGGCCAUGGAGCUAAAGGAGACAACCAGUAUGAGUUCAGUUUGGAGUUCCUGGAACCUGUUAAACCUGAGAUUCGUCAAAAGUCCACCCAGCGUCAGGUGGACAUCAGGAUCAAGAAGCGGGAGGUGCGCUGGUGGGAACGACUGACGCUGCAGGAAAGGAAACCUUUGUUUCUGGCUCCAGACUUCGACCGCUGGCUGGAUGAGUCUGAUGCUGAGAUGGAGCUCCAAGCCAAGGAGGAGAAGAUCAACAGGAUUAGCGUGGAGUCGAGAGUUCGUAAAGACCCCUACCUCGGACUGAAGAAGGGCUACUUAUUCAUGUACAACCUCGUGCAGUUCCUAGGAUUUUCCUGGAUCUUUGUCAACAUGACGGUUCGACUCUUCAUCCUCGGUCAAGGUUUGUUUUCAAAGAUAUUUAUUUUAAACACUGACUUCAUCCACCAUCAUAGGGUGACCUUGAAGGUGGCAGGGAGAAACGUCAUUCUGUUUGUCAUCUUCGGCAGCCUGGAGGACAUGCAGAACAAGGCUGUGGUGUUUUUUGUGUUCUACCUGUGGAGCUCCAUUGAAAUCUUCAGAUAUCCGUUCUACAUGUUGGCCUGUAUCGGCACAGAGUGGAAGCUGUUAACUUGGCUCAGAUACAGCCUGUGGAUCCCUUUGUACCCACUCGGCGUUGUAGCUGAAGCGGUGGCUGUGAUCCAGUCCCUGCCCAUCUUUGAUGAGACGCGUCUGUUCAGCAUCCCGCUUCCCUCUGUCCUCGGACACUCUUUAAGUUUCUCCUACACUCUGCAGCUCUUCCUGGUCCUCAUGUUUCUGGGACUCUUCAUUAACUUCCAACACCUCUACAAACAAAGACAGAGAAGAUACCGGUCCAGAAAAAGGAAAGUCCACUAACUGAUCCCCAUCCUCACCCUGCACACACCCGACUUAAUUCCUAUUUAAAGGCUUUUUUUUUUUCCACUUUCUUACACUUUGAACUGAUGGCAUCAUCUUUUCCUGAUUCCUCCACUGGAUGAAAUGUAUUCUGUAAAGUCCUGCUGCACAAGUUCCAAAUUCCACUCCUCUGUGUACACGUCUAGCAUAUUUGUUGUUUGUGUCUCAUUGUUAAGUUGUACAUUUUCUGGUUAAUGCUUAUUUAGAGGAAUAGACUUUUAUUCUAAAACCAAUAUUGAUACUUAAAAACCAUGACAGGCAUAAGGUAUGUUUAAAGGUUUUAAUUUAGAAAUGGUUAAAUCUGGUUAUUCUAUGUUAGGAAAAUUAAACAUAUUCCCUUCAUGGAGGAAGUUAAUAGCUGAUGUGGGUCAGGUAAUAUCAGCGUUAUUAGCCCUAGUCCUCAAAACCAGAGUGUGCUGGGGCCUUUUAAUCACCCUUGUUGUUCAUUUGUAUGCAUUUAUGGUAUUUAAUAUUUGAUCAAAUAUUUUUCAGACAGUCAUGUGUUGCUGUGUGUCAGAGCAACAAAUUAAAGUUUUAUUAAAGCUCAAAUCAUGGUCAAACGGUAACUGCAUACACAUGGAAUAAAGUCCCUUUAAAAUGUGAGAAUUUAUUUAAAAAAAAAAUUCAACUCCAGGUAAAACAUAUUUUAGUGAAAAACACCUAAAUAACUUGGUGUAACUCAACUAAACUCAAUAGCUAUUAUGUAUAUAAAGAAGAAAAGACAAGUUAACAUGGUUGAAAUCCGUUAAUAACAGCAUAAUACAAUGGUGACACAAUUCAUGAUGGAUUUUCAAUUGAGGAAUAAUUAAAUGAGCUUUUAAGCUAAAUAAGAGCAAUUGGAAUUAAAUUGGCAGCAUGAUAUUUAAAAAAAAUUAUUUGCUUAUUAAGCAAUCGACAGCUACGGAAGUCGAGAGCAGUCGUAAUAAAAAUUUUUUUUUACUUUUCCUUCUCGAGAUAAUUACAUAACUAUCUUGUUAUCACGUUUAAACCAUUAAGUUUUUUUGUUUCCAUUUUCUUUUAACUCAUUGUCAGAUCAUGGUGGAUGAUUGGAUUGCAUGAAAUACAGUAGAAACAAAUCUGACUUUUUUUUUUUUUUUUAUAAAAUCUAUAAUCUGGAUUAAUUUUGGGGGUAAUGCAUCUUCUACCUUUUACAGGCGUAACAGCAGGGCUUUUCAGAAAACACCCGGCACUAAGUCACCUUAGGCAUAGGUCCAAUUGCUUAUAAAUCAUAAGUGGAAGCAAAUCAUCAAACACAUAAUUAUUAACAUUACUUAUACGCUGCCAUGACUUAUACUUAAAAAUCCUCUCCUGCUGUUGUGAAGGAUGUAAUCAGUUUUAACACACACCAACUACCUCGUUAUGACGAGAAAACGUCUUUAGCUGAGAAAAUGAUCCUCUUGUUAUCAUGAGAUAACGGCUUUCAUUAUCUUUAGAUAAUGAGAAAAUUAACUUUUUUUUUGUCUCAAGAAAACCACUGUAAAAAAGUAUGAAGGGAUACGACCGCUCUCAACUUCCGUAGAUAACGGUUUAGACAUUUGAUUCUUGAUAUCAUGUUAUAAUGCCUGAUAAGAUAAAACGGGUUAGGAACCCUAAAAAAUAACAGAUGACACUUUUAACUCCAGGGGGCGCUAUUUAAGGACAGAGAGAUGU